GCAACGGGGCCUCAGAGAUAAUUGGUAGUUGUACAACAGGGAUUUGCCUCAGAGAUAAUUCGAAAUCUGUAGGAGGAAGAGACUCUUCUGAGAGUAUACAGGUUGAUGAGCAGAAUGAUGAGGGUGCUGAGGCAUGUGGUGACAUUGACCCAGAACAUGAAAUGGGAGGCGAUCACACUGGGGAGGAAGCGAGUGCCGAUGACAAAAUAGAGGCACCUGGGUCGGGAGAGCAGGAAAGCGCGAGUGGUCAAGACUCCCGUUUCUCUUAUACUGAGAACAGUGAAAACAAGACGCUGAGUAGAGC